AUGUUUACUCAGAUCUUGUAUGGCCUUACGGUCUUGUCGGCCCUCCAAGGCCAGGCCACUGCAUCGCCCGGCGGUUCCAGCCUUGAUCGCUUCAUAUCAAAAGAGGCCGACAUCUCCAUCAAGGGCGUCCUUGCCAAUAUUGGUGCCGAUGGCAAGCGAGCUCAGGGCGCUGCGCCUGGUGCUGUUGUAGCAAGCCCUUCGAGAACAGACCCAGACUACUGGUACACAUGGACCCGAGACUCCGCCUUGACAUACAAAGUUCUUGUCGAGCGCUUUAUCCACGGAGACAAGUCGCUCCAGCGAAAGAUCGACGAAUAUGUCUCUGCCCAAGCCAAGCUCCAGGGCGUCACCAACCCAUCUGGUGGUCCCGAGACAGGCGGCCUUGGGGAGCCCAAGUUCCACGUCAAUCUCACAGCUUUCACAGGAUCUUGGGGCCGCCCUCAACGUGAUGGCCCGCCUCUGAGAGCUACUGCAUUGACUCUGUACGCCAACUGGCUAGUUUCUCGCGGCGACCGCUCCAAGGCCGUCAACAAGGUCUGGCCCGUCAUCGAGAAGGAUCUUGCCUACACAGUCAAGUUCUGGAACAGAACCGGUUAUGAUCUUUGGGAGGAGGUCAACGGAUCUUCAUUCUUCACCCUCUCUGCUUCGCAUCGUGCUCUCGUCGAGGGAGCUGCUCUUGCUAAGAAGCUUGGCAAGUCUUGCUCCGACUGCACAGCCAAUGCUCCUCGCGUUCUCUGCUUUAUGCAGAGCUUUUGGACAGGCAGUUACAUCGACUCCAACAUCAACGUCAACGAUGGCCGCAAGGGCCUUGAUGCCAACUCUAUUCUGUCAUCUAUUCACACCUUUGAUCCUUCUUCGAAGUGCACAGAUUCAACCUUCCAGCCUUGUUCAUCAAGGGCUCUUGCGAACCACAAGGCAGUAGUCGACUCUUUCCGCUCCAUCUACGGCGUCAACAAGAACAGAGGUAAAGGUAAAGCUGCUGCUGUCGGUCGAUACAGCGAGGAUGUGUACUACGACGGCAACCCUUGGUACUUGGCUACUCUAGCCGCUGCCGAGCAACUGUACGCUGCCGUCUACCAAUGGAACAAGAUCGGCUCCAUCACUGUUGACAGUGUGUCACUCCCCUUCUUUAGUGACCUUGUACCAAAGGUAUCCAAGGGUACCUAUCGCAAGAACAGCAAGACAUAUAAGGCUAUUAUCAAGGCUGUGACUUCGUAUGCUGAUGGAUUCGUGGCUGUUGUGCAAACCUACACUCCCAAGGAUGGUUCUCUCGCAGAGCAGUUCGAUAAGUCUACUGGAACUCCCAAGUCAGCUGUUCACCUCACCUGGUCCUACGCUUCUUUUGUCGGCGCUGCUGAGCGGCGCACUGGCGUCGUUCCUCCAGCUUGGGGCGAGAGCAGCGCCAACAAGGUGCCCUCUGUUUGCGAAGCAGCUCCCGCCUGCGAUACCACCAUCACAUUCAACGUGAAGAAUGUUGAUGUGACGUCUGACCAGAAAGUUUACAUUGUCGGCGGGAUCACUCAGCUUUCCAACUGGGCUCCUGCCGACGGCAUUGCACUUGAGGAAUCCACAAGCACCAAGAGCUUAUGGACUGUGAAGGUCAAGAUUCCCUCCGAUACCAGCUUUGAGUAUAAGUACAUCAAGAAGACGAGUGAUGGAACUGUUACAUGGGAGAGUGACCCCAACAACAGUGCUGCGACAGGUAGCAAGUGUGGAAGCAGCAGUACUAUCAACGAUGAAUGGAGGUAA